AUGCUCUAUGUUGUUUUGGGCAUCGUCCUUAUCACUUUGUUUCUAUUGGCAUAUUUUUGCAUUGGAUCUACUAGGAGAUCCACUGUUCUUAUAACGGGUCCUUGUGAUGCUGGAAAAACUUCUCUCUUAAUUAUGCUCGCACAUAAGAGGAACGCAAUGACUUUCACAUCUCUUAUUCCAAAUGUUGAAGACUAUGAACUACGAAUGAAAAAUUUGAGGAAAUUGAAAAUUGUUGAUGUUCCCGGUCUGGAGAAACUUCGAUUUGAAUGCAUUAAUAAGCAGAGAGCUAAUACUGGGCAAGUCCUCAUUUUUCCCCUAAUCAAACUUAUAGUGGCUAUUCAAAAUACAUUAAAGGACACGGCCGAAUAUCUCUUCGACUUGAUGACAAAUGCUACUCUUGCGCGGUCUCGUGCACCAUUCCUCAUUCUCUGUAACAAGAAUGACCUACCCGAUGCUAAGGAUGCUGUUUCCAUUGAACAAAUGUUGGAAACAGAAUUAACCACGCUGUGUCGCACAAAGGCAAAUGCACUGGCUGGUCUAGACGGCCACCAGGAGCUCCGUGUGCCUCUCGUGAAGAAAUCGGGUGAGAAGUUCUUGUUCGCAGAGUGCAAACACCAUUGCGUCACCUUUGCUACCUGCUCCGUCACAUCAACCGAUAUCAGUCCCGUUCGUCUUUGGCUAGAACGUUUGUGA